AUGUCCUCUGUUUCAUCCUGCAAUACCCCUUCAACACAUUCCACUCCACAUUCAUCAAAAUCUUCUCCCACUCCUUCAACACAAUCAUCACAGUCUCAUUCCUCAAAUUCUUCCCAAGAAAUACCUCCACUUCCUGCUGAUGAAAACCAAAACCCUCCACUGUAUGUCAUGUCCGUUAAUGGAGUGAACUACUAUGUUCCGCAACAUUUAAUUGGUUAUGCACGGGGAAUCCCCGUCUAUCAAGCUACAUUCACUCAAUUUGGUUUCCCAAACCCUUCGAUUGUUGCUAUGAGACAAGUAGAUCUCGGAUCUUACGGUGCUAGCAUUAGAGAUAUAAAUAAGACUCUUAUUGUAUCGGUUAAGGAAGAAAUCAGUCACCAAGGGAGACUAUGGCUUGCGUUUGAAUACGCAGGGCAUUCCCUACGUUCUGUUUAUCCACAGGGAACUCCACUUCCUGAUAUUUCUCAUAUAGUUAACUGUUUAAUUUCGAUCCAUGCAUGUGCAUUGGUACAUGCUGAACUCAAAGCAGGUCAUGUAUACAUGACAGAGCACGCUGGUGUUAGGUUUUAUAAAGUAGGCUUUGGUGCUACUAUCUAUGAGGAUGGAGAAUUGCCAGAAACACCACCUGGGUUUUUACCAAUGGUUGAUAUCUGUCUGUGGGCAUCUCCACCAGAGGUGUAUAACAACAACAUUGACAUGAGUUUGCACACAAGUGCUUCUGACGUGUGGCAAUUAGGAAUAACGGCCUUCGAAUUGGCAUGGGGAAACAAAUGUAAGGUUGCUAAUAGGGCUGAUUUGGAGAUGCAGAUUGCAUAUGCAAUUGGAGGGAUUGAAGGCGGGCCUGGUGGAAUAUUUUGGAAUACAAAUUUUCAGAGGUUCUUGUCAGAUUGUCUAAUGGAAAACCCAGCAGCGAGGCCAACCUCUCAGCAACUGCUCAAUCAUGACUUCUUCAGGGGAUAG